CUGCAAAGCAAGUCUGUUUCGGUGGAAUGAAAAAAAAGAAACCUCCCACAGAUCCACAAUGGUCCCCACCCACUCUCCUAGACAGGUUAAAAAGGGAGCAAGGUGAUCAUUUUUCUUGGAGCGGUUCACUAGAACAGAUACUUUUAAGUUUGGUUCCCAGUGAAAUUUUACACAUAAUGAAAUCGUGAAAAAAAACAAGCAAAUCCUUCAAAAUUUUCAAAAGACCUUUUGAUCUGAGGUGAACUAUCUGCUGCUGCUUUCAGUAUAUGACAAUAAAAAUCUUCUAAAAUGGCAUUCAAACUAACAUUGUUAGCAUUUAACACUGAAUAAAGCACAUGAGGUGUCCCUGAGGGGAUCAUUUAUGAAGAGAUACCUUUUCUAAACGAAAACAAGGAAAAAGAAAUGGCUGAUCCCAUAUUGAAAAAAACGUACACUUGGUAUUUGAACAAACCAGGCAACGCUGUUAAUGAUUGCCCUGAACUUAAAGAUUACUCUGAAGAUCAGACAUUCUCGGAUUAUUUGAGUCCUUCAACAGUGCCUCUUCAAACCGAUGGAUUUAGUUACGAGUGGUCAAGAGAAGAACAUGAGAGCACACACAAAGACUUCACAUUACUAUUCAGAGCAAGACCGACCUGUGAACGAGUUCCUGAAGUCAUAACAGAGGAAAACAGGAUAAGAUUAGACUACUGGCAGUAUAUUAAAGAGUUUGUCUUUUUUGGUGGGUCACAUAAAGAAGGAGCAGUAGUUGCUCCUGACCCAGCUUGGAUCGAUGAGGCACAUAAUAAUGGAGUAGGGAUAUUCGGCACAGUUUUUUUGUCACCUCUACACUUUGGGGGAGAUCGGAACAACAUUGCAGAACUGGCAAAAUCAGAGAUCCUACAGAAACUGGUGGACAUUGCCCACCGAUUAAACUUUGAAGGGUGGUUUCUGAAUGUCGAAAGCUUUGAGGACUAUACAGAGCCCUUUUUACAAGACCUGAAAUUGUCACUUGAAAACAUGGAUCCCAAGGGUAAACAAAUGAUUUGGUAUUUACCCAGAUGUGCUAAAAACUUUGACCCAAAAAGAGAAGGAGUAACAAUGACAUGUGAUGAUAAAAUCAGUAAUAUAGCAAAAGCCUUUAAGGAGGAAAGUGAGAGAAAGUUGUAUUUGGAUUUUAAGGUGUUGACUGAUUUAUUAAAGACUUCUGAGAAAUACAUAAUGUUUGCAGAUGAACCCUAUUGGAAUAUUAGACUAAAAGACAAAGAAUAUUUAGUUGAGCUUGACAGAUUUCUAGAUGCGCAGAAUUGCCUUCAGCAGCUUUUUCUAGGUCAAUAUGGCCUGCAAAGUAAACCAGCGGUUUGGUAUGGAAUUGCUAAAUAUGCAAUGGAAAGAAAACGGAUAAGCAAAGACUAAAGAGAUGUUUAGGAGAUUGGUUUACCCCAACAGGUUCAAACCAAGCAUAACUGAGGCUUUAGGGCUACACGUUAUUACGAAGAAAAAAAAAAGACAUUGCGAUAUUUAGUAUGACUGCGAUAUAGAUUACAAUAUGAAAAUCAUUUCACAAGAUGACUUCUAUUUAGAAAUAAUUCCUGAUUUUAUAUUGAUUGGGAGGGUUUAUAAAAUAUAAUAAACAAAAUACAAGGAUAGACUAAUAGUGUUAUGAAAGUGUUUUAAUAGGAGUGAUAGUGUUUUAUGGUUUUCUGUGCAAUUUAUUAAAAUGUUUCAAUAAUCAAAUGUAAAAGAACACUACAUUUGUCAUUGUAUAAAUGAUUCAGUAGCCAACAAUUUAUAUUUUAAAAGUUCAACUUUGUUAUGACCUCACAAAAAGUUGCAUCUUCUGAACGGUUUAAUUAUAAUUCCAACUUGACAUUGCAGAUACUGCAAUGUAACUUUUGUGGAUUGUCAUAUUGUGUAAUCAACGUUGAAACAAUAUAUUGUGCAGCCCUAUGAGGCUCAAUCUUGUCUUUCUCAAACAUUAUGUGAUACAGCACAUUAACCAGCUUCCAUAAAUUAAUUUUAAUGGUGUAGGGUUUUAUUAGUACUCACAACCUAAAAUCAGAUGUUUGUUUUUUCUAAGUAGUAAUAAUUUGCGAUACAAAUCGAAUGCAAUUUCAUUGGUGAAAAAUCUUUUCCUGUUGUUUACUAUUAUACUAUUACUACUUACUACUGAAAAAUCUUGCAAGUAUAUUGCAUGUACUCCAUUAACCUUACUAUAUAUGGUUAUAUUGAAAAUAUGAAAUUCAAUAUUCUCUGUAAACUGUGUCAGACAAUAUUAAACAAGAUGUGUAAAUUGCAAAAUGUGUAAAUGAUUAUGCUCAAUGGUAAUUUUUUUUUGCAUGUGCUUCAGACCAAAACAUUUAUCCUGUCAUAUACAUUUUAGAAACAUUUUCAGUGCAUGUAUAAAUAAGACUAUGGGUUGUAUGUUGUGUAUUAUUGUUUUUUCUUGUAAACGUAUUUCUUGUAUAAUUGUGUUUAUAUCACCAAUGUGAUUGCUUGGAGUCACAAAAAACAAGCUCAUAAACAAUUAAUAAAUAAUUACUGAGUUUAUUGAAUUACAAAUAAUUUAAAACCGGUAGCGUGAUCAGUAAAUCUCCAUGGGUCGUUUGCGUUUUUACAGAUCCUCCGUCGGAAAACGUAGACGACUGUUAAGAUGGAAAAAGACACUUUACACAAAAUAUUCCAUAUUCUUAAAGAGCUGUUAUAAACGGCUAAAAAAAUGAUUACUCAUCAAAAUGCAGCCUGCAGGGUAGUCAAAUAUUUACACCCAUAUAUUACAGCAAAAUUACACACAUUCAGUGACAUGAGCUCCGUUCGGUUACUGUAUAGCCCUCCAACAAUCACACACAACAUUUGUGCUUAAAACGACUUCAUCAGCAU